GACGAGUCGAAGGACGUGCUCAUCGACUUCUACGCGCCGUGGUGCGGGCACUGCCGCAAGUUCGAGCCGCACUACAAGGAGCUCGCGAGGAAGCUCAAGCACGUCCGCUCCCUCAGGAUCACGAAGGUGGACGCCACCAGGAAUGAGCUCGAGGGCAUGUCGAUCAUGGGCUUCCCCACCAUUGUCCUCUUCCCCGCUGGGGCGUCCCCGAAGCAGCAGGUGUAUUAUCAGGGCAGCCGCCAGCCAGACGACAUGGUCAGGUGGCUCAAGGACCACUGCUCCGUCAAGUUCGACGACAGGCCGCCGCCAGAGGAGAAGGCGGAGGACCCCGUGGAGAGCGGUCUCCUGGACCCCUCCGAAGAG